AUGGCAUUUCAAGGCUCUUUGUUUACCGCCAGUCGCACCCAGACACUAACUUACCUACUUGCCGUUUGCCCUUUUUCAAUUGCAUUUUUGGUUUUUAUUAAUUCCUCGGUGUCCUUCGUGGUGACCGACUUGAUAGGAUUGCACGAAGGAGAGGGUGAUGCGGUGGGAACCCUGGGUUUCGCUGAUGAGCUGCUUGCACUGGCCGCUUGUCCGCUGUGGGGAGUUCUGUCAGAUCGUAUAGGUGUCCGCAAUGUCUGUGUUGCUGGAUACGGGGUUGUGGCCCUGGCCCUGGCUUUGUUUGUUCAAGCCAAGAAUGUCUAUCCCCAGCUUCUGCUUGGAAGACUACUCUUCAGUGUGGGAGGCUCUGCAGUCUCGACUAUGGUGACAGCUGUUCUGCCUGUAGUGACAGGAAACGCCAGUGGACAUGAACAUUCAUCAUCCCUGGCUUCCAAUGCGCCCGACACCCAGGAUGACUUUACCCAUCCUCCAUCGUCCCAUGGUGCCGGGUCCAAGGCCGAAAGAAGAUCACCAUCUUCUAGAUUAGCUGGAUUCGUGGGCAUGUGUGCUGGGUGCGGUGCCCUUGUAUCUCUAGUGGCUUUUCUACCACUCCCUGCCCGUUUCCAAACCUGGGGGCUGUCUCCGCCGCAGGCAAUUCAGUACAGCUACUAUCUAGUUGCGCUCGUGGCGCUGCUGGUGAGUGCUUGCUGCUGGAUCGGCUUGAGGAAUCUCCCUGGCGAGGAAGACAAAACGUGGAGCUCAAUUUGGUUGCCACAUCCGGAGGACUCGGGCACUACAUGCACCGGGCCAUCCUGUCCCGUUGAUGGCAAAUCGCGAUUCCCUUACCUACGACAGCUUAAUGCCGCGAUAACUUUGGGAUUCCGCCAGCGGGACAUUUUCAUAGGAUAUCUAGGGGGCUUUGUGGCCCGAGCCUCGUCCGUGGGCAUUUCAUUGUUCGUUCCGCUUUUUGUUAACCAUUACUACCGAGCGUCCGGUCUUUGCGGCGGCAACAGGGACACCGGACCUAGCGGGAUCAAGGAAUCUUGUCGCGAGGCCUACGUGUUGGCCUCAAUUUUAACGGGCGUUUCGCAGCUAAUAGCACUGAUCGCAGCGCCUGCGUUCGGUUUUCUAUCCGAAAAGUCCAGAUGGUAUCAUCUCCCUCUGCUUUUUGCCUGCCUCGCGGGCGUUAUCGGCUAUACGGCAUUUGGGUUGCUGCCCAGUCCACAGUUUAAAGGUCCCGACGGAAAUGCGGGCGUGUUCCUAGUGAUGGCUCUGCUCGGGAUCAGCCAGAUCGGAGCCAUUGUCUGCAGUUUGGCGGUGCUCAGCGGCGGGAUUCUGAACGUCAGCGACGAAUCUCGCGCGGAAGCCCAUGACUCAGGAAAUUCCCCGCAUACGGAGUCUGACCGGAAUCCCGACUCCGAUGAGCAGCGACCAUUGCUGGGUGGCACGGAGGAUCAGAAGAGGCAGCCACUUGCGCGCCUCAAAGGCUCAAUUGCCGGAGUAUACUCUCUGUAUGGCGGAGCGGGCAUCUUGCUUCUCACCAAAGUAGGCGGGUCCUUAUUUGACGCCGUCUCCCCCGGUGCACCUUUCUAUAUCAUGGCCGGAUUCAACGGCGCGCUGUUGAUGGCUGGGGUUGUGAGCGGACUGGUGAGCCGGUCCAAGGCACGGGUACCGACACAUGGCGCUUAA